GGGAAGCUCUGCUGCGCCCCCACCCCACCCUACCCCUCCCUACCCCACCACAGCAGGCGCUGGAGUCCUGGGACCACCAGGGUCUGAGGCCCAAAUCCUUCCUCACUAAGGGGAGGAGAGGGGUGUUCCAGCAGGGCAGGAUGGGAAGGCGUGCUUGGGCGGGAUUGUGACAUAAGAGUGCCCUGGUGACAUGGAGCAGAUCUGUGGCAUAAAUAAAGGUGUCAUAAAGACAGGGCGGGACUCAUGCUUAUAAGGGGCACGAGCGUCUCGGAGCUGCCAGAAUGACUUCCGCUCAGUGCCCGGCACUAGCGUGUGUCAUGUCCCGGCUGUGUUUCUGGGGCCCAUGGCCCCUCCUUAUGUGGCAACUAUUGUGGCUACUAGUCAAGGAGGCUCAGCCUCUGGAGUGGGUCAAGGACCCGCUCCAGCUGACCUCUAACCCCCUGGGGCCGCCUGAGCCCUGGUCUUCCCACUCCUCCCAUUUCCCACGGGAAUCUCCCCAUGCGCCUACUUUCCCGGCAGACCCGUGGGACUUUGAUCACCUGGGGCCCUCUGCUUCCUCAGAGGUGCCAGCCCCACCCCAGGAAUCGACUGAAAAUUUGGUUCCAUUCCUGGACACCUGGGAUUCAGCUGGAGAGCUGCCCCUGGAGCCAGAGCAGUUCUUGGCUUCACAGCAGGAUUUAAAGGACAAGCUGAGUCCACAGGAAAGGCUCCCUGUUUCGCCCAAGAAGCUGAAGAAAGAUCCAGCUCAGCGUUGGAGCCUUGCUGAGAUUAUUGGAAUUAUACGCCAAUUAUCCACACCUCAGAGUCAGAAACAGACUUUGCAGCAUGAAUAUUCCAGCACGGAUACACCGUAUCCCAGUAGCCUGCCUCCAGAACUCCGGGUGAAGUCAGAUGAGCCUCCAGGGCCCUCUGAGCAAGUUGGACCUUCUCAAUUCCAUCUAGAGCCUGAAACUGAAAAUCCAGAGACCCUUGAAGACAUCCAGUCCUCUUCACUCCAGCAAGAAGCCCCAGCACAGCUUCCACAGCUCCCUGAGGAGGAAGAACCUUCUUCAAUGCAGCAGGAGGCCCCAGCUCUGCCUCCAGAGUCCUCUAUGGAGAGUCUAACUCUACCGAAUCAUGAGGUGACCGUUCAACCUCCAGGUGAGGAUCAAGCUCAUUAUCACUCGCCCAACAUUACAGUUAAACCUGCAGAUGUGGAGGUUACCAUAACUUCAGAGCCUACCAAUGAGACAGAAUCUUCCCAAGCCCAGCAGGAGGCCCCAAUUUGGUUUCCAGAGGAGGUGGAACCUUCUGCAACCCAACAGGAGGCCCCAAUUGAGCCUCCAGUUCCUCCUAUGGAGCGUGAACUUUCCAUCAGUGAGCAGCAGCAGCCAGUUCAGCCUUCUGAGUCUUCUGGGGAGGUCGAAUCUUCUCCGACCCAGCAGGAGACCCCAGGUCAGCCUCCAGAACAUCAUGAAGUCACAGUUUCACCUCCAGGUCACCAUCAAACUCGUCAUUUAGAUUCACCCAGUGUCUCUGUGAAGCCUCCAGACGUGCAGCUCACCAUAGCAGCAGAGCCUAGUGCAGAGGUGGGAACUUCUCUAGUCCACCAGGAGGCUACAGCUCAGCUCUCAGGGUCAGGUAAUGAUGUAGAACCUCCCGCCAUCCAGCACGGGGGCCCACCUCUGCUUCCAGAGUCAUCGGAAGAAGCUGGACCUUUAGCAGUUCAACAGGAGACUUUAUUUCAAUCUCCGGAACCUAUUAAUAAUGAGAACCCCUCUCCAACCCAGCAGGAGGCUGCAGCUGAGCAUCCACAGACCGCUGAGGAGGGUGAGUCUUCCCUAACCCAUCAGGAGGCCCCAGCUCAGACUCCAGAGUUCCCUAAUGUAGUUGUAGCUCAACCUCCAGAGCAUUCACACCUGACUCAAGCCACAGUUCAACCUUUGGAUCUGGGGUUUACCAUCACUCCAGAAUCCAUGACAGAGGUUGAACUUUCUCCAACCAUGAAGGAGACCCCAACUCAGCCUCCUAAGAAAGUUGUACCCCAACUUCGAGUAUAUCAAGGGGUAACAAAUCCAACACCAGGUCAGGAUCAAGCUCAGCAUCCAGUGUCACCCAGCGUUACAGUUCAACUUUUGGACCUGGGACUCACUAUCACUCCAGAACCCACUACGGAGGUUGGACAUUCUACACCUCCGAAGAGGACUAUAGUUUCUCCAAAGCAUCCUGAGGUGACACUUCCACAUCCAGACCAGGUUCAGACUCAGCAUUCACACCUGACUCGAGCCACAGUUCAACCUUUGGACCUGGGGUUUACCAUCACUCCAAAAUCCAUGACAGAGGUUGAACCUUCUACAGCCCUGAUGACUACAGCUCCUCCUCCAGGACACCCUGAGGUGACACUUCCACCUUCAGACAAGGGUCAGGCUCAGCAUUCACACCUGACUCAAGCCACCGUUCAACCUCUGGACCUGGAGCUUACCAUAACUACAAAACCUACUACAGAGGUUAAACCGUCUCCAACCACGGAGGAGACCUCAACUCAGCCUCCAGACCUAGGGCUUGCCAUAACUCCAGAGCCCACUACAGAGACUGGACAUUCUACAGCCCUGGAGAAGACUACAGCUCCUCAUCCAGAUCAGCUUCAGACUCUGCAUCGAAAACUGACUGAAGUCACAGGUCCACCUACUGAGCUAGAACCUACUCAGGAUUCACUGGUGCAGUCUGAAAGUUACAUCCAAGAUAAGGCUUUAGCUGCACCAGAGGAACAUAAGGCCUCCACAAGCACCAACAUAUGUGAGCUCUGUACCUGCAGAGAUGAGAUGUUGUCAUGUAUUGAUCUCAACCCAGAGCAGAGGCUCCGCCAAGUGCCUGUGCCAGAGCCCAACACCCACAAUGGCACCUUCACCAUCUUAAAUUUCCAAGGAAACUAUAUUUCUUACAUUGAUGUAAAUGUAUGGAAAGCAUACAGUUGGACCGAGAAACUAAUUCUCAGAGAAAAUACCUUGACUGAAUUACACAAGGAUUCAUUUGAAGGCCUGCUAUCCCUCCAGUAUUUAGAUUUAUCCUGCAAUAAAAUACAGUCUAUUGAAAGACAUACAUUUGAACCACUACCAUUUUUGAAGUUUAUAAAUCUUAGUUGCAAUGUAAUUACAGAACUCAGCUUUGGAACAUUUCAGGCCUGGCACGGAAUGCAGUUUUUACAUAAGUUAAUUCUCAAUCACAAUCCUCUGACAACUGUUGAAGAUCCGUAUCUCUUUAAAUUGCCAGCAUUAAAAUAUCUAGACAUGGGAACAACGCUAGUCCCACUUACAACACUUAAGAACAUUCUCAUGAUGACUGUUGAACUGGAAAAACUGAUCUUACCUAGCCAUAUGGCCUGCUGCCUCUGCCAAUUUAAAAACAGCAUUGAGGCUGUCUGCAAGACAGUCAAGCUGCAUUGCAACAGUGCAUGUCUGACAAACACCACACACUGUCCUGAAGAAGCAUCUGUAGGGAAUCCAGAAGAAGCGUUCAUGAAGGUGUUACAAGCCCGGAAGAAUUACACAAGCACUGAGCUGAUUGUUGAGCCGGAGGAGCCCUCAGACAGCAGUGGCAUCAACUUGUCAGCCUUUGGGAGUGAGCAGCUAGACACCAAUGACGAGAGUGAUGUUAGUACACUAAGUUACAUCUUGCCUUAUUUCUCAGCGGUAAACCUAGAUGUGAAAUCACUGUUAAUACCAGUCAUUAAACUGCCAACCACAGGAAACAGCCUGGCAAAGAUUCAAACUGUAGGCCAAAACCGGCAGAGAGUGAAUAGAGUCCUCAUGGGCCCAAGGAGCAUCCAGAAAAGGCACUUCAAAGAGGUAGGAAGGCAGAGCAUCAGGAGGGAACAGGGUGCCCAGGCAUCUGUGGAGAACGCUGCCGAAGAAAAAAGGCUCGGGAGUCCAGCCCCAAGGGAGCUGGAACAGCCUCACACACAGCAGGGGCCUGAGAAGUUAGCGGGAAAGGCCGUCUACAAGGUCAAAAAGAGUCCAAAGGUCAGAAAGAAAAGUUAUCUGAAUAGACUGAUGCUCGCAAACAGGCUUCCAUUCUCUGCAGCGAAGAGCCUCAUAAGUUCCCCUUCACAAGGGGCUUUUUCAUCCUUAGGAGACCUGAGUCCUCAAGAAAACCCUUUUCUGGAAGUAUCUGCUCCUUCAGAACAUUUUAUAGAAAACAGUAAUACAAAAGACACAAUUUCAAAGGCAAGAAAUGCCUUUGAAGAAAAUGUUCUUAUGGAAAACACUAACAUGCCAGAAGGAACCAUCUCUGAAAACACAAACUACAAUCAUCCUCCUGAGGCAGAUUCCGCUGGGACUGCAUUCAACUUAGGGCCAACUGUUAAACAAACUGAGACAAAAUGGGAAUACAACAACGUGGGCACUGACCUGUCCCCCGAGCCCAAAAGCUUCCAUUACCCAUUGCUCUCGUCCCCAGGUGAUCAGUUGGAAAUUCAGCUAACCCAGCAGCUACAGUCCCUUAUCCCCAACAACAAUGUGAGAAGGCUCAUUGCUCAUGUUAUCCGGACCUUGAAGAUGGACUGCUCUGGGGCCCAUGUGCAAGUGACCUGUGCCAAGCUCAUCUCCAGGACAGGCCACCUGAUGAAGCUUCUCAGUGGGCAGCAGGAAGUAAAGGCAUCCAACAUACAAUGGGAUACGGACCAAUGGAAGACUGAGAACUACAUUAAUGAGAGCACAGAAGCCCAGAGUGAACAGAAAGAGAAGUCGCUUGAGCUCACAAAAGUUCCAGGAUAUGGCUAUACCACCAAACUCAUCGUGGCAUUAAUUCUGACUGGAAUACUAACUAUUUUGAUUAUACUUUUCUGCCUCAUUGUGAUGUGUUGUCACCGAAAGUCAUUACAAGAAGAUGAAGAAGGAUUCUCAAGGGGCAUUUUCAGAUUUCUGCCACAGAGGAGAUGCUCUUCGCAAAGGGAGAGUCAGGAUGGACUUUUGUUAUUCCGACCGCCGCUCUGGCUGAAAGGUAUGUAUAAACUUCUCAGUGCCACAAGAUUAAAUAAUCACGUAUGGAAGCUGCACAAGAAGUCAUCUAAUGAGGACGAGAUCCUCAACAGGGACCCUGGGGACAGCGAAGCCCCCAGCGAGGAGGAGGAGAGUGAAGCCCUGCCAUAGGAGGAGAACCCAGUCCACCUCAGGCCUCAUGCAAAAAUAUACAUAGAAUAAACAACAACAGUUACUAAAUGAAUGAAAAUUGUGAUUCCGAUGAAGCCUGCCAGAGAAAUAAAGCAUUUUUCAAAAGAUGGAAAUAA